AUGCACAUUUAUUGGCCUUGCUCGUAUGCAAACGCGUUUGCCAAGGACGCGUAUUUCUGGCUGGGAAGCUCUCUCCUCAUCGUCCCUGCUCUCCCCGCAUCUUUUCCGUUCUCCUCGCAUCUUCUCCGUUCUCCCCCCAUCUUCUCCGCUCUCCCCGCAUCUUCUCCGUUCUCCCCGCAUCUUUUCCGUUCUCCCCGCAUCUUCUCCGCUCUCCCCGCAUCUUUCCCGUCCUCCCCUCAUGCCCCCCUCUCUCCCUUCAUCCCCCAGCCCCCCUUCAUAUCACCGCCGCGCUCUCUUGCUCUCUUCCUUCACGCCCACCCUCAUCUCCCUUCCACUCCCCCCUCGUUCCCCAUCUCUCCCCCACCUCCCCUCUUCCCGCAUUUCCGACUUACCCGUGUUCCCCUCCCCCCACCAUACCUCAGUUUCCCUCCCCCCCCCCCCCUCACGCCUCCUCUCCCUCCCGAUCCGCCCCUCAUCUCCCUCCCCUCCCAUACCACCGCAACCCCAUCACCCCUCAUCUCCCUCACUCCCCUUCUCCCUCUCUACAACCUAACCACCCAACAUCCCCCUUUGCUCUCCCCUCAGCUUUCCCCCACUCACCCUUCAUCUGUCCCCGCCCAUUCACUCAUCAUCCUCUCCCCCCCCUUCCCCCCGUUCCCCUAUAUGUCUGUUUGCCUGCAAUCCAUGUCUUUUGACUCCUCAACUUUCCGGUCUGUACCCCCCACCCACCCCAUCCUCAUUCCCCUCCAUUUAUUCACUUCUCAUUCCCCUCCUUCUCUAUGA